UUCCGUGUCGCUGUCGCUGUGCGGUAGGGUGGUGCCUGCGGCGCGGCGCCUCUUUCCUCAGCGGCGAUGGAGCUCCCGCUGCCCCCGUCCCUGCCCGCAGCUGCAGCCGUGCUGGCGCUGGCGCUGCCGGGCCUAGCUGCCUUUCUCCUGGUGCUGGUGAGAACCGGGCCGCGGUCACCGCUGUGCCGGGAGGGCGCGAUUUGUAUGAUUGCUCAUAUAACUGCCAGAAAAAUGCCAACCUUUCACCGACAUGAAAAAGAGAAAUUCUUCGUAAAUGCUGAAGGCAGGAAAGAAUCUGUGCCAAGUAUACAUGAUCCCCCUACCAGGGAGCUUUCUGUUGUUGUGCCUUCGUACAAUGAGGAAGACCGGUUACCUCUUAUGAUGGAUGAAGCCUUGGAUUAUCUAGAAAAAAGACAGAAACGAGAUCCUUCAUUCACGUAUGAAGUAAUAGUGGUGGAUGAUGGUAGUAAAGAUGAAACUACAAAGGUUGCAAUGAAGUACUGCAAGAAAUAUGGAAGCGACAAAGUGCGAGUGCUUACUUUGGUAAAAAAUCGAGGGAAAGGAGGAGCAGUUAGGAUGGGUGUCUUUAGUUCUCGGGGGGAAAAUAUUCUUAUGGUUGAUGCAGAUGGAGCUACAAAAUUUGCAGAUAUUGAAAAAGUAGAAGAAGGUCUAAAAAAUCUUCAGCCAUGGCCUAAUGAAAUGGCUAUUUCCUGUGGUUCUAGAGCUCACCUGGAGAAGGACUCAGUAGCAAAGCGCUCUUACUUUCGAACUAUUCUAAUGUAUGGGUUCCACUUCCUUGUAUGGUUUCUCUGUGUCAAAAAGAUCAGGGACACGCAGUGUGGAUUUAAACUUCUGACCAGAGAAGCUGCUUUACGGACUUUCUCAACACUUCAUAUAGAACGCUGGGCAUUUGAUGUGGAACUUCUUUAUAUAGCUCAGCGCUUGGGAAUACCUAUAGCAGAAGUUGCUGUCAACUGGACUGAAAUUGAAGGUUCUAAGUUAGUUCCCUUUUGGAGCUGGCUGCAGAUGGGCAGGGAUCUCCUUUUUAUACGACUGCGAUAUAUGACUGGUGCCUGGCAGCUUGAAACAAGAAAAUGUAAUUAGGUUAUUUACAUUUUCCAAAUAUAUUAUUAUACUUAAUGGAACAUGAGAACAGUUUCAAUCAAGUGAAGUGGUGAUGAAAGCUGAGGUAAUUCUUCAUUACUCCUGUUGUAUGUUUCAUUUUUGCAGCACGUAUGUGUUUUAUAAGGUUGUCAGCAGGAGAUUUGUACCAUGUUUUGAAAAGAGAAAGCAUUCCCAAAAAUAUUUUCUUAUCUGUUAAUCAGGUUUUUAUAAUAUUAAAUAGUAGCUUUAACAUGUCUUAUAAGUUCACUCAAAUAAAUAUAUCUUCUUUUGUCUCAUCAUACAUUUGGAAUUUCCUUACAUAUAUUAAAAGGAGGCAGUCUGUUCUACCUGAUGCAAUAUUGUGUUGUGAAUGACCACAACCAUUUGUUUCUAGAGUAGCUGGAAAUAUAGGGCCAUAUUGCAACUUGGAAUUAUCAAUCAUGGUUCACACUGAUGCAUGUUUAGAUUCAGUGUUACGGGAAAUAUUAAUGGGUUUUACUGAGUUACGACAGUAAUGUUCAUAAGGCUAUUCUAAGAACUUUCAGUAGUCUAUUGACAUUCCAGAUGUUUUUGUCUGAAGCUGAAAUAGUUUGUCUGAAAUCAAACUGUGGAUCAUCUCCAGACUGUGGAAGAUCCAAGAGAAAGUACUUUUUAUGUUAAAAUGUUGUCUUCUAUAAAUAUGUUUUGCUCAUAUGUACUAAGUAAUAUGGUAUGUUCAAGGCUGGGAGUCCUUGGCAUCUACAAAUCUGUAGUGCAAAGGGUAUGGAAAGAUAAUUCAGAACAUAAAAAUUGAGACCCAAUGUACACUGGGGGCCUGUGCAUUACCGGUGCCAGUCUGAUAUUUCCACACUUCAAAUGAGAUCAGAGAGGGAGGAAGGGGUCUUGAGCCUUUCCUCAUAAUAUCAUACCCUGUUACUUCUGUAACAAGUGUAUGACAGGGUUCAACAGUGCUUUCAAAACAGUUGUGGACUGCCAACAAUCUAAGCCAAUCUGUCUUUCGGAAACGUACAAAUCUGUACAGAUUUAAAGAACGAGUGGCAUAUGGCUGUACUUUCACAUAUGAUUUCAUUGGUGAUUUUUCUUAUUCCUUCUGCAAUAUUGAGUUUUGCUCCUGUUAAGGUUACCUCAGUUUUCUACGCAUUGAAGUAUUGGAAUAAAUUAUCAAGAAG